UCUACAAUGUUUUGCCUGAAGGAUGGACGUUGCUGUAAAAUGCCACUUGGGGCCAUCUGUGUCUUCCUUUUUCAUCACUUUAUUUUUUUCUUUCACUUAGCACAGUUUUGUGGAGGUGUGUCUCGGGUGGUUGGUCCAUCUGAGCCAGUUGUGGCAAUAGUUGGUGAUGACACUGUGUUACCAUGCCAUCUGGAUCCUGCUGUGAAUGCUGCUGAUAUGACAGUAGAGUGGACACGAUCUGACCUCACACCCAGAUUUGUGCAUGUUUGGCGUGACGGCGUGGAGCUCGUGAAUAAAAAAAAUGUAGCCUACAUGGAAAGAACAUCACUACCCAUUAACAACCUGAAGCUCGGAGACAUUUCACUAAAACUCUCCAAAGUGAAACUGUCAGAUAGGGGAUCAUACAAAUGCUUCAGUCCUGCGCUUAGUGGACAAGCCAGUGUUGAGCUUGUUGUUGGUGUAGUUUCAUCACUUAUCAUCACUGUAAUGAGGAACAGUGAGGACAGCAGUAAAGUGGUGUUACAGUGUGAGUCUGCAGGCUGGUAUCCAGAGCCUGAGCUGCUGUGGUUGGACGGUGAGGGAAACCUCCUCUCUGCUGGACCUACAGAGACCCUCAGAGGUCCUGAUGACCUCUAUAGUGUCAGCAGCAGAGUGACUGUGGAGAAGAGACACAGCAACAACAUCACCUGCAGAGUCCAACAGAGGAACACCAACCAGAGCAGAGAGACACAUAUACAUGUUCCAGGUGAUUUAUUUAACCCCUCAUGUAGUUCUGCGGCUCACAUCACCAUUGCUGUUGUUGUGACAGUCUUGCUAAUUCUUGCAGUUGUCUUAGUUGUGUGGAAAUAUCGUUCUAAACGCCAAGGAAGAAACCUCACAAGAACGUCCUCUGAUCACAGUGACCUUCAGCUCGACACUGAGGAGAAAGGAGAAACAAAGCAUCUCACCCAAGACAGUGUUGACACUGUUGACAUAAAUACAAAACAAGAAAAUCUUGAGGCUCAAAAAGAAAAAAAAGCAGUAGACAAAUUUCAUUUGUUAAUGGCGGUUCAAUUAUUAAUGAAUCAUAAAUUUAAUUUAGAAGAAGAUAUUGAUGAACUUACUCCAAAAGUGAAGGAGCUAGAGAAACAGCAAGAUAAAAAUCCGAGUCAACUGGUAACAAAUAUGCGACCAACAGAACGAAGUAAGAUAAAGUCUGCAAAAAUAAAUCAAGAUGAGGAAACAAAAACUGAUCUUAAAUCAAUGAAGCAAGCUCUUGAUAAUAAAAUACAAGAAAAGGAAUCAGUAUUGUAUGCGGUUCAGGUAAUGACAGAGAAGAAGGAAGAAUUAGAAAAGACUUUAGAAACAAUUCUUGAACAGUUGGAGAAAAUAAAGAACAGAGAUGAAGUUCAAAUGUAACUCCAAUUAGGCAGUUCAGAGGCAUAAAAUAAAGCCUAAAACAGUCACUUUAUUCAUUUAAUGAAGAGUCUCUAACAUUGACACCACUACAGGACAGAGUUCAUAAAUAAAACAACAUCAACAGCAGCAGCUGAAGUAAAGAGAAGAUGACUUUUAUUUCUUCCGCAGAAGAGACCCUGUCAUCACCAGAUAAACACAGUAGAAGGCAUUGGUUGAGUUGCUCCACUCACACAAUGUUUAAAAUAACUCAGUGACCUCUAGUGGCCAUAAGAUUUAUGGCAACAGUAUAUGAGUAGAUACCAAUGCAAGAUAGAGUUGCCUGUGUCAAGGAAAUGACAUAUUUGUGUGGCUUUUUUCUUUUCUUACUGGUAAUGACAACCCAAUACUGGUGAUGUCCUUAAUAUAAACUGAAUAUUAGUGCAUUUUGGUGCCAUGUACCAGUUCAUACAUUCACAUUCUACAUCACAGUUUCUAAAUCUAUUUGUU